AUGACCCUGGCACAUACACCACCCACGGCAACAAUUACGCACUCUCGUUACUCUUAUUCACCUGCGCCCUCAAUAGCCUCAUCAGCUUCGUCGUCCCAAUCCUCUGGUUGGUCCGUGGCAUCGGCGGUAUCAAACACCACUUCCGUUGCCUCGUGUACCGGCGGUGCCUCGGCUCCAGGGACGAAUAUUAUCCCCUCCCUGAAUAUUCAGCGUCAAUUUGCAGGCUCGGAGCAAGAUGGUUGGCUACUCCGAAAAAGAGUAUCGGUCUCUAGCCUUCGAGGCAGUGAUUCAAUUCAACACCCGCACCCUCCCUCAGUUACAGUUGCUCAGGAACCGGUGCCCAUAGAACAGCGUCGUAACGCCCGGAGAACUAAUCGUUUGGUUGAAGGAGCCAACGCUGGAUGUCCUGUAUCUGAAGGUUGCCCGUUACCUCCUGUACCUACCUUACAAAGGCAGGUUGAUCGGAAGGUUAACUUCGUUGACAAUCUCGUUGACUCCGCAGCUCAGAUUGUCGAGACAAUAUGGCCGCCCCCGAAGAUGCUUAUUUGUGCAACCCCAAAGGAUAAGGUUCUUCCGCUCCGGACAUUCAUUCAGGAAACCCUCCGUAGAUCCCGGACCAGUUAUUCAACACUCCAAGUUGCUCUGUACUACCUGAUUGUAAUUAGGCCUCAUCUUCCCCCCCGGGAUUGCGAUAUCAGCAGUUUACCCGCUGAAGAGGCACAGAUGACUCGUGCCAAGCAAUGUGGUAGAAGAAUGUUCUUGGCGGCUUUGAUCUUGGCAUCAAAGUACUUACAAGAUCGUAAUUAUUCUGCGAGGGCUUGGAGCAAGAUUUCAGGGCUGAACACGCAGGAAAUAAACGUCAAUGAGAUGGCAUUCCUAGACGCUGUCAACUGGCGGCUUCAUAUAUCGGAGACCAAUUUCCAGAAAUGGACUGAUCUGGUAUUGAAGUACACAUCGGAUCACAACCCAUCCUCGGCAUCUUCGGCCCGGGCCAAUCCGUGGGUUGAUGAAGAAGAACGGAAGAGGGAGUGGUGUGAUUUGGUCUUGAAGCUUUCGCCGGAUUUGAACGAGGCGGAGUUAUUAGCGUCUGGGGGAUUAACACCUUGUGCGGUAGAUGCAGACAUAGUCGCGUCCACCUCGCCACUUACGAUUGAACCCUUCGUACCUAUAGCUCCUGCCCAGCAGACUCCGGCAGCACCCGUAGCUGCCCAGCCCGUUGCUACACUUGCACCCCGAGCAACCGAGCACCUUCAAACGUCACACCCCCAUGCGUUUAAAGCACUUCAUCAACCCCUCCCAAAGGCGCCUGCUUUCCGCCGCUCAUCUUCGUCACAACUGCACUCUGGAACAGUGACCCCUGCAGCGGGAAUCUGUUCUAGUCGGCUAGAAGUGACAUCUGCAUCUCGGUGCUCUGCCAUGGCUUCCGUAGCCAAGAUCGCCGAAAAUGCGUUAUCCGGAGCUACAAUGGAGAAGUUCCCAUUCGCACCAAGAAGAGGAUCUGAUGCGCUACCUCCACCUGUCCUUCCUCCGUCUCAGGGUGGCUGCAUUCGUAGAUCAUCCUUGUCAGCUUCCGUGUCAAAGCCUGGUCCCUCAAGCUCGCCAGCAUUCCCGAAGGCUAAACAGAGCUGCGAGUUGAGCAAGCUAGUUUUCACUACUUUUGCCCCUCCUUCACCUAGUUCUGUUGCGUCAUCGGUCAAAAAUAUUUGCACCAGUCCCCGGAAAACCGGCGAUCACCGUAUGACUCCAUGUGUAUCGCCUAAAUCAAGAGAAGCGGCAUUGAGUUUGAAUAUGCUCAAGGAGACUUAUUCCCCAUGCUCGAGCGGUUCAACCACUCCCACCGGAUUGUCGAGGAAGAGGAGCUACCCUGAAAGUGCAAUGGAAGGUCACCCAGGAAGCGCUCUAAGAGUAGAGGCCAAUGUUCAUGGGUACGCAGCAGACGGGACUACUAGCGUGACUCCAAAGUUCAAAUCACUUAAUAGUGGUUUUCGGUCGCCGUCUCUAGCAUAUGGAUCUCCAACCAGAAGCCCUGCACCCGAUAGGAAAGGCAAGAGAUUGAGGUGCGCCCCGGAAAAGAAAAUGGGAGGAAUGAAUAUGAUAGAAGGAAUGUCGGUGGCACAGAAUGUGCGAUAGGCACAAGUGGUAUUGGGUUCGCUUUCAUGUAAACAUCAUUGUGUGCAACCUUUUUUUCUUAUCUUUUUGAAUUCUCUGGUCAACCGUUAUGGGGGUAUUCUGAUUUUAUGGACGUUGCUUUUGUUCCCUUUCGAGGCUUUGUCAAGAGAGGCAAAAUACGGUGUUCUGGUUUUUUAUUCCUUUUUCCACUUUGUUUCUGUCAGGCUUUGUUCAAUUCUUUCCUUAUCCCACUGCGUUUUUUACAUAGCAGAUAACUAGUCAAUCGCUUAUUAUUUUCUAACCAGCGGGAUCAAGCAGAUUCCCUUUUAUAUAACAUCUGCGUUCAAAGUCUUUCAAGCAAGCAAAGGAGAGGUGCGAGAAAAGAGAAGGUUGAUUUUGUACGGACAUUUAUUUGCUAUAUGCCCUAACGGAACAAGGGACAGCUUUCAAGCA